UUUCUCGGGAGAGAUAAUUGCAGCAAUAUGGUAUAUUACUUCACAUCGAAUGUGGUUGAGCCAUCCGCUUUUAUCUAUGUCGGGAAAGACAAAUUUGAGAAUGAGGAUCUUAUAAAAUAUGGAUUAGAGAAGGAUGUUUGGUAUUGUCACCGUUGUUUGACCUUCAUCGUGGCAUUUCAUGUUGAUAAUCUGUCCAGUGCACAUGUCUAUCUUCGCCUCCGUGACAGUGAAUCAUGGGACAAUAUCCCACAACCCCUUCUAGAAGACUGCGCACAGCUUACGAAGGCGAAUUCGAUCGAGGGGAAUAAAAAAGAUAACAUCACGAUCAUCUAUACACCAUGGUCGAACUUGAUGAAAGACGGGUCUAUGGCUACUGGUCAAGUCUCCUUUCACAAUCCCAAAUUGGUGCGCAAAGUUUUCGUUCGACAAAGGGAGAAUAUUAUAGUCAACCGGCUUAAUAAAACUCGCGUGGAAAAACAUCCCGAUCUUAUGGCAGAGAAAGAGGAAUCUCUGAAAAAGAAGCAGAGAGAGGAGAGGAAGACCAGAGACGAGCAGCGAGCAAGAGAAAAGAAAGAAAAGAGAGAAAGGGAACAGUUGAAGUGGCAGAAAGAGCAUGCCUACGAUGAUCUGAUGAGUGAGGAGAACGUCCAGGGAAGCAGCAAUCAAGAUCGGGAUCCUGACUUCCUUGAUGACUUCAUGUGA